UAAAAAGACACCUGCAUUGUUUCAUGAGCUGCAAGAGACUUGAAAGGAAAAAGACGAGAGGAAAUAGCGGCGCAACGAAACACGAAACGAAGACAAAGCAGGAAUUGAGGAGGAAACAGGGCAGAAAAGUGUUUGGUGCGGAUAGAAGCGGGAGAACGGGUGUUGGCACGAAAAAAACGGUUAGAGACGAGGACAUGCCAUCCAAUUGCACCUUUGUGUACCUGAAAUCGCUUGAAACCAUGCUAUUUCAGGACAGCACGGUGUUGGAGGACGAGAAAUCGAUCGUGUACAGGCUAAAAGAGGUGUUUCUGUACUCGGGCGAGGAGAGAAAACGCACCAUCGAGAUGAAGCCGUUCACCGGCGAGCACGAGCACAACCAGUACAGCCAGCAAAGCCUGUUCGAGUACGCCAUCGAUAUAUUCAAGAAGUAUCUCAGCUCGCCGAAGUGCUCGAUCACAGUGCUCAAGAGCGCAUUCGAAGAGAGGGAAAUUGAAAAUUUCUUUGCAAAAAUAAGGACGGUAACGGUGAAGGCACGCGUAAUGAUCGUCAGAUGCGUGCAGAUCCUGCUCCUGAAGGCGGUCGAGUACCGCCAUCUGCUAAAAAACUGCAUCUACAACGAACUCGUGUACUACAUAGAGAACGGAAGGAAUCUGAAGUGCAUAGAUGUGCUGCUGGACAUAUGCUCGUUCUACGUGCUCAAGGACAUCUACCACGAUCUGCACGAGCUCAAGCACUUUCUCAUCAACUACGUACUGCCGCUGUUCACGAAUUCGAACGCAUUCUGCUACCGCGAUGACGUUCUUCUGCUCUUCACCAGCAUAUGCUACUGCAGUGACGGCUUCAUGGACAUGGUGUUCGUCCAUUUCAGCAAAAUAUUUUUUGAGGCGAACACGCCCACGCGAACACUCAUAAUGGAGGUUACGCUCCGAGUGCUCAACGAGAAGUGCCGAGACAUGUACCCGUACAUACCGAUGAUCUGUGAUUUUCUCAAUUUUGCACUCAAAGAGCAGAACUCCGCGCUCAUAUCCAUCACAAAGCUGCUUUUUUCCCUUCCUGUGCUUUUUCUCUCUUUCCGGCGGAACAUUUCGCACAUCCUGCCGCUGAUCUUCAAGAACCUGUACAAAACAUCGAAGACCUACUGGAACGUGGAGGAGAGAGGCGUGUUGUACGAGAUCAUCAACAGCAUCAUGGUAAUAGAUAAGGAUUUGUUUGACAGGUGCCUCAUGAACUAUAACAAGGAGAAGUACGGCGCGUAUUUCGACAGAAAGAUCAAGGAAGAUGUCAUCGACACCGAUUUUGUCGGAUGGAGCGGCAGGGCACUCGACGAUAGCGUCAACGAACGGCGAAAAAGUGUGUAUGACAUAGAAUAUGAAGAGCUCAAGCGGUUUAGAAGGAUGUGAAGCGCAGUGGCGAUGCUUAAUUUACAAAUCAUAGUUUUAUGUUAAAUAAUGCCACAGAGGUGCACCGAUAACCGGUGCACCAGUUAUUAAA